AUGCACUCACCUCCUAGAGAACAGCCUGCCAUCAUGCUCUGGAAACUGGUUGAAAAUGUCAAGUAUGAAGAUAUCUAUGAGAUGUUAGUCCACACCUAUUCCGCCAUGGACCGGCAUGAUGGAGUCCCCAGCCACAGCUCCAGAUUGUCCCAGCUGGGCUCUGUCUCCCAGGGACCCUAUUCCAGCGCCCCGCCGUUGUCUCACACCCCGUCCUCGGAUUUCCAGCCGCCUUACUUCCCACCCCCCUACCAGCCUCUUCCUUACCACCAAAGCCAGGACCCGUACUCCCAUGUCAAUGACCCUUACUCCCUAAACCCCUUGCAUCAACCCCAGCAGCACCCUUGGGGACAAAGGCAGAGGCAAGAGGUGGGAUCAGAAGCCGGCUCACUGCUGCCACAGCCUCGGGCCGCCUUGCCUCAGCUCUCGGGACUGGACCCCAGGCGGGACUACCACUCAGUGAGGCGGCCAGAUGUUCUCCUUCACUCGGCACACCAUGGCCUGGAUUCCGGCAUGGGAGACAGCCUUUCUCUGCAUGGCAUCGGACACCCAGGAAUGGAGGACGUGCAGUCAGUUGAAGAUGCCAAUAACAGCGGUAUGAACCUAUUGGACCAGUCUGUCAUUAAAAAAGUUCCAGUUCCUCCAAAAUCUGUUACUUCUCUGAUGAUGAAUAAAGAUGGCUUCCUGGGUGGAAUGUCAGUCAAUACCGGAGAGGUGUUUUGCUCAGUACCUGGCCGCUUGUCCUUGCUCAGUUCCACUUCAAAGUAUAAAGUAACCGUGGGAGAAGUUCAAAGACGCCUCUCGCCUCCAGAGUGUCUGAAUGCAUCCCUUCUAGGAGGAGUACUUAGAAGAGCCAAAUCGAAAAAUGGGGGGAGAUCGUUGAGAGAGAGGCUAGAAAAAAUCGGUUUGAAUUUACCAGCCGGCAGGCGUAAGGCAGCAAAUGUCACUUUACUCACCUCCCUGGUGGAAGGUGAAGCUGUUCACUUAGCUCGGGAUUUUGGAUACAUCUGUGAAACGGAGUUUCCAGCCAAAGCUGUUUCCGAGUACCUGAACAGACAGCACACGGACCCCAGCGAUCUCCACUCCAGGAAGAACAUGUUACUGGCUACAAAGCAACUUUGUAAAGAAUUCACGGAUCUCUUGGCCCAGGACAGGACACCCAUUGGCAACAGCAGACCCAGCCCUAUUUUGGAACCAGGCAUUCAGAGCUGCUUGACUCACUUCAGCCUCAUCACCCAUGGCUUUGGGGCCCCAGCCAUCUGUGCUGCCCUCACAGCCCUCCAAAACUACCUGACUGAAGCUCUCAAAGGCAUGGACAAGAUGUUCUUGAACAACAACACUGCUAACAGGCACACAUCUGGGGAAGGACCAGGUAGUAAAACUGGAGACAAGGAAGAGAAACACAGAAAAUGA